GCUUACAUGCAGCCCCACUUACUGGGAAAUGAGUUCACGCAUUUAGAGUUUCCACGGAGGGUGCAGCGCAAGGAGGUUGGAAAGAGGAUGCUCUACCGUGACUUCAACAUGACUGGCUGGGCAUACAAAACCAUUGAGGAAGAUGACUUGAAGUUUCCUCUUAUAUAUGGAGAAGGCAAGAAGGCUCGGGUUAUGGCAACAAUUGGAGUGACCCGAGGACUGGGAGACCAUGACCUCAAAGUGCAUGACUCUAAUAUAUACAUCAAACCUUUCCUGUCCUCAUCUCCUGAGGUGAGAGUCUAUGACCUCCUGCAGUACGAGCAUGGGCCUGACGAUGUUCUGAUCCUAGCUACUGAUGGACUCUGGGAUGUGCUGUUAAAUGAAGAAGUGGCAGAAGCUGUCACUAACUUUCUACCAAACUGUGACCCCGAUGAUCCCCACAGGUACACGCUGGCGGCGCAGGACCUGGUGAUGCGAGCCAGGGGGGUGCUGAAGGACCGGGGCUGGCGAAUAUCCAACGACAGGCUGGGCUCUGGAGACGACAUCUCUGUCUACGUCAUCCCUUUGAUACAUGGGAACAAACAGUCGUGA